UUGGGAGAGCUGGGAGAGGAUGGAAGUGGACAAGAAAUAAACUGGAAGAAGAAAUAGACUGUGACUUAAUCCUUGCAAAACUUCAUGACUGAAGGGGACAAAAGGGAGUCCUGGAAGUUGGUACCCAGGCAAGAGGGUAUCUGGUAGGGGAUUAGGGGAGGUAUCACAGCCUUUGCCAUUCUCCUACAGCCAGUCAAAUACCCUCCCUCACAUAGAGGACUACAAGCUCCCUUUUCCAUCCAGAUGGCUAAGGUAGACACACAUCCAGGCUUCUAUUAACUUACACUUUUAGAGAGAGCCAUGAAGACUUUCUAUAACCUUAUAAUGUCAGGGUUGGACGACCAUUUAAUCUAGCUGUCUACAAAUGAGCAAACUGAGGCCAGAGAAGUUAAGGUCAGUCACUUGGCUGUCAAUUUAGUUGUGUAACAAAGUCCAAACCUUACUCCAUACACAAAGGCCAGAGACACAAAAACACUCCCUUAACUCUCCUCCCAAAAUAUCCCCCACAGCCCAUUUUUUACAAGCACAGGUGGAUAACAUACAAAAUCCAGCAAGAAUACACAGCAAGACUUGUACAUAUAGACUGACACAAAGCUGACAACAAUGUCCAUCCACUCAAGAAGGGGUAAAAAUGAGGCUACUUGGUGGCACCUGGAGCCAAUAAGAGUAAAAGGAAACUGGAUUCUCAAGCUCAGUCCUUAAAGCUUUUUCUGGCUUGGCCUCAAGGGAGACACACCUACCCAACCACCCAUCCUCUUCUUUGUCCUUUUACCUCCCUCCAAAUCCCAGCAACUGGACUAGGAAAGCCUGAGGUCUGGGUUUUAGCCCCUCUGUCUCCCCAGCAUCAGACCAGCUCCGGGAUGGAUUGAAUUGAAGGGAGAAGGCAAAGAAACCGCGGCGACAGACCCUGAAACUCGAGGGCCCCAGCGCUGCAGCCACCUGCUGGGAGCGGGGAGUGCAGAUCUACCUAAGAGCCAUCUGGGCCCCCCAGCGGACGGACAAGCGGGCAGAGGUGCAGCGGUAGUGGGCGCACCGGCUAGAGCACAGCCGGAGCCUGAGGCUCGGCCGCUUUGUGCUGGGCUCCCCUCGGCUCGCUUUUCUCCCCUCUUCCCUCCCCCCGAUGCGGAGCCGCCUACCCGCCCCGGCAGCGCUCCGCCUCGCCGGCGCUGCGGGGAUGCGCCGGCGCUAGGAGCGGGUGCCGCCGCCCCCUUGGCCCGCGGGCGGUCGGACCCACGGACGGCACGGCAGGAGGAGCCCUUACGCAGGUUCAGGAUGGGGAGCCCAUCUUUCUGGGCUGCCUGUGGCCUGCUGCUCCAGAUGUUAUUUCUCUGGGUCUGGGGGCAGGGAACCCAGGAUGGUGAAGAAGUGAUCCAAAUUCAGAAGGUGACCCAUGGGACCGUGAGGGCAGGACUGGCAGAGCUGGUGGCCCUACCGUGCCUCUUUGUCCUCCGACAUCCACAGAAGCCUGGCCCUCCACAUGACCCAGCACGGAUCAAGUGGACCAAAGUUCGGGCUGCCUCAGGCCAGAGGAUAGAACUACCAGUCCUAGUAGCCAAGGACAAUGUGGUAAAAGUGGCACGUGGCUGGCAGGGCCGGGUGACACUGCCUGGUUACCCCCAGAACCGUUCCAAUGCAACCCUGGUGCUGGGGCCCCUGAGAGCCAGUGAUGCUGGCCUCUACCGCUGCGAGGUAGUGACUGGCAUUGAGGAUGAACAGGACCUGCUGCCCCUGGAAGUGACUGGUGUUGUAUUCCAUUAUCGGGCUGCCCUGGGCCGCUAUACCCUGAGCUUCCAGGCAGCUCGAGAAGCCUGCCGACGUAACUCUGCUGUCAUCGCAGCCCCCCGCCAUCUGCAGGCUGCCUUUGAGGAUGGCUAUGACAACUGUGAUGCUGGCUGGCUCUCUGACCGCAGUGUUCGGUACCCCAUCACAUUGUCCAGGCCUGGUUGUUAUGGAGACCGAAACAGCCUUCCAGGAGUCCGUAGCUAUGGCCGACGAGAUCCUCAUGAGCUCUAUGAUGUUUAUUGUUUUGCCCGGGAACUGAAAGGAGAAGUCUUCUAUGUGUCACCCCCCAGCCGACUCACGUUGUGGGGAGCCCGAGCUCAGUGCCGGAGCCAGGGGGCAGAGCUGGCUACUGUGGGCCACCUCUACUUGGCCUGGCAGGAGGGCCUGGACCAAUGUGAUCCGGGCUGGUUGGCAGAUGGCAGUGUCCGUUAUCCCAUUCAGACACCCAGGCGGCGCUGUGGUGGUGAGGCUCCUGGGGUUCGGACCCUCUACAAUUUCUCCAACCGUACUGGUUUUCCUGAGCCUUCAGUCAAGUUUGAUGCCUACUGUUACCGAGCUCAUCACCCCACAUCUCCACCCAGGUACCAAGAUAACCCUGCCACUGAUGGGGAAGACCUAGAGUCUCUGUCUGCAGAGGAUCUACCCAUCACAGGCCAAGAGAAUGCCCUGCCCUUGGAUUCCCAGGAACCGCUGGUGUUCAGUGGGGUCCCUGCUGAUGAACAAUCCCAGGAUUCCUCCCUGCUUCCCAAUGAAGCUGGUUCUGGAAAGACAGGGGGGACCCCAGUCCCAUUCCCUGGGAGGCUUUCCUCAGUCAGAACCACAUCCCAGAGGCCAGAGCCAGCCAAGCAAGAGGAACCAUGGUUGAAUAUGGUAGAUAGAACACCCAUGCCUGGAGGUUUCCAGAUCGAGACAGUCCUUCCAGAGGGUACAGAGACCCAACACCCAGCCAUGGUAGGGGCAGAAAGUGCCACCCCAAAUCCUGGAAUCACAGGAGACCUUAAAGCCAAGGGUACUGUGGCAUCUGCCACUGAAAUGGGCAUGGAGUCUGAUGCCCAAUCACUGAGCAGCACUGAAGCAACCCCAGUGGGCACCACAGCCAGGAGGAGGGGUCUGAAUGGACGGUACUUCCAGCAACAGCAUCUGGAGCAAGCAACCUCCAGGACGGGGUGGGGCAUCAGGACAGGCACAAGCCCCACUCUCCCAGGCACCAAGGAGACUGGGAACCAUGUGGAAUUGCCCCUAAUCACAGCCACUAGGCCCAUGCUGGACCCCCAGAACACUCUGUCCAAUGAGGUGGACAGAUCCCACUCUAGCUCUUCAGGAAUCCAGAGUGAGGGGACUCCACUGAAUCCCAACUCUGUGCCAUCACCAGCCCCCAAGAAAAAAGAAGAUGCUUUUCCUGGGAGCCAGAAUAGUCCCUGGGAUCCCGAACAGGGAACCUCAGGCCCCAGCAAAGAUCCCCACCUAGGCGUGGAACCAGGAGAGCCUGAGGACUCUUCAGGGGAGGCCCAUGGGGAUAGGGAUCUGCCUGUCCUGGCCAUGCUCCGGGCCCCAAAACCCCCUUUAAUGUCCCUUCCCACACCCACCCUGGACACUUAUUUCCCUGUAAGUGUCAGAGAUGACAUGGGGUUGUCUGAGUAUGGUGGAACCACGCCUGCCCCAGAAACACCCCACAGCCCUUUCCCCCCCUACACUGACUGGCCAGUCGAAGGGAGAGACAUCCUAGGAGAGACUGGGAUUAAGCCAGAGAUAAAUGGGACUGAGUCACCUGUACCAUCCACAUUCCCUGGCCCCAGUCCCCAGAACAAAGGUGAUCUAGAAGGUGAUUCCUGGUCCCUAACUGUAGGGUGGGACAACAAGCAGCUUGAGCAAAGCAAAGAAGCUAGCCCAACUGAAUAUGCUGGCUCCCAUGAAAACUUGGGGCUAGGGUCCACCUUACCAAAUGAGGAAGACACUUCAUCCCCAAGGCCAGGAUCUGGCCUGAUGUUGGCUCAAGACACAACUACCCAACUUGAGACUGGAGAAGAGUCUAAGGGAAUGAAGGAGUUUGAUUUUCAUACACCCAGUCCUUCUCCUGCUCUAGUCCUUGGAACCCAGAACCAGCAGCUCAGCCCUGACCCCGAAGCCAGGACCAGUGAGCCUACAUCUCAAGAGACAUCUAAGCUAGCAACCUCCUCACUCCAGCCAGCUUCUGAAGCUGAACUAUCCAUUGAACUCCCCUUGGCCACCCUGGAUCUAGUCAGUCCAGUCUCUCCCCAAGGACGCAGCCCCUUAGGAGAAGCAGUCUUCAUGCCCUGGACAUCAGGAGCCUCAACCCUGGCCAACAACAAUUGGGCAACCCCUGCCACCCCAGAACCAGAGGGAGAUGACACCUCUGGAGAGGGGCAGAAGGGGGAUAGCCCUUUGUGGGAGGCCUCUCAGACCAAGGUUCCCUUACUGCCUGGUCUGGAAGAUAGUGAACCAACCAGAGAUACAACCCAACACAUACAAAGGCACAGCCUUGGGGACCUAGAGAUUCCUGACCCACAGGAGGUUGGACCAAGUUCUACCUUGGAUGCAGGGGCUCAUGUUCUGGGUGAGGUUGGGAGUGGAGAGGAGUCUUCAAUAAUGGGAGAAGUGGAAAGUGGAUCAUGGGCUGGAGAGAGCAACCGGAGCAAAGAGGAAGUUCCAGCCAACCCCUGUGAGAACAAUCCUUGCCUUCAUGGAGGCACGUGCCAAGCCAAUAAUAGUACUUUUGGCUGCAGCUGUGACCAUGGUUUCACGGGGGAGAACUGUGAGAUUGAUAUCGAUGACUGCCUGUCAAGCCCUUGCCUAAAUGGGGGGACUUGCAUCGAUGAAGUCAACUCCUUCAUCUGCCUGUGUCUGCCCAGUUAUGGCGGAAGCCUCUGUGACAAAGACACAGAAGGCUGUGAUCACAGCUGGCACAAAUUCCAGGGACACUGCUAUCGAUACUUUGCCCACCGACGGGCCUGGGAGGAUGCAGAGAGAGACUGCCGCCGCCGAGCUGGCCACCUCACCAGUAUCCACUCUCUUGAGGAACAUGGCUUUAUCAAUAGCUUCGGCCAUGAGAACACCUGGAUCGGGCUCAAUGACCGGAUUGUGGAGCGGGAUUUCCAGUGGACAGACAACACAGGCCUGCAAUAUGAAAAUUGGCGGGAGAAGCAGCCAGAUAACUUCUUUGCAGGUGGGGAAGACUGUGUGGUGAUGGUGGCCCAUGAGAGUGGCCGCUGGAACGACGUCCCCUGUAACUACAACCUUCCCUACGUCUGUAAGAAAGGCACAGUGCUAUGUGGCCCCCCUCCAGCGGUGGAGAACGCCUCGCCCGUCGGCCCUCGGAAGGCCAAGUACAGUAUCCACUCCAGUGUGCGCUACCGGUGUGACAAGGGCUUCACUCAGCACCACGUGGCCACCAUCAAGUGUCACAGCAAUGGAAAGUGGGACCGGCCCAAAAUUGUCUGCACCAAACCUCGUAGGUCACAUCGCCUACGGCGUCAUCACCAUCACCACCAGCAUCACCACCAGCAUCAUCACCGCAAAUCCCACAAGGAACGGAGAAAACACAAGAAGCAUCCCAAGAUAGACUGGGAGAAGGAGGAGGAAGACAACUUCUGCUGAAGGGCCAAGGCGUAGGAAGCACAACCCUCGUCCCCACUCUGCCAGAUCCCUCUCUCUUCCCUAACCUCCUUUGUAAAAAGCCCUUCAUCCCUAUUUCUCACCCCCCACAAGGUUCUCCCAAGUAUUCGAAACACAGUCUGGCCCCUAACAGACCUCUGGUGUAAUGUCCGAAUCAAGGGAAGAACAGUCAGGAAGUGUGUAUGGUGGUUUGUGUUGAGUUGAGCCUUCUCUUCAUGAGGCUGAUUGUUUAUUUGUGGUUAGGGAAUUUGGCACUUGAAGACAUUUGAAUUUACUUUUCAUGAAUUCCUUUUCCCCACUGGGGGACCAAGAAUAACCAACACAUUGAUGUGCCACUGGUCCUAGACAGAGCUGAAAUUUCUACCUGAGACGAUUCUUCUUGGGAUUCAAGGAAUGGCAGAAACAUACACGUGACUUUCUUGAUUGUUCUCCCUCAUCAUGGGCAUUAGCUAGCUCAUGGCAGAUCUUUAUGACAUGACAGAUACACUUCUGCACUGCACCCCUGUGUGCGUGUGUGUGUCCUCUUUUUGGUCUGAAUAGAAGAUUCACCCUUUUUUAAUCACAAUCUCCCAAUUCUUGUAGUAUAUCACACCCACCUCUCCAUAUCCAACUCACUCGAUUACUCAAAAACUCUUAACCUUCCACUAGGAUGGGAUGGUGCUUUUAGGAGGUUCUGGGGGUGGGAUCCAUGUAGAGUCAGGGAUGACCUAUAUUUGGAGCAAUAUGAAAGGCAAUGGAAGGAGGGAGGAUUCCAUGGAUUGUAAGGUGCCUCCCAACUUCAAGAUUCUAGGAUUCUGAGGCUCAGAUUCUAAGAUUCCAUGAUUUUAAGAUUCCCUGGAUCUGUGAUUCUGAGAUUGUUUGAUCCUAUGAUUCUGGGAUUAGGAGAAUCUAUGAUUCCUAUUGUCCAAGAAUCUAUGAUUCCAAGAUUCUCUGAUUCUGAAUUUUUAAGAUUCUGCGCUUUGGAGACCCAGUGCUUGGCAGGGGAACAGGAUGGCUUGGAUUGCCGCAAGGCCCUGGCUCCUUCAUACCUCCCAACUUCAAGCUGCCAGGUCCAGGGGAUCUAGACAGCCAGCAAGACAGGCUUAGGAGCUCCAUGCCAAUCCGAGGAGGGGGCCAGCUCAUCUACACCUCUGCCCCUCUUCCUCCAUAGCUCAGGCAUUGGUAAUCUCCAUUCCUUACCCCAAGCCCUUACUAAUCCCCUCUUUUACGUCCCCCCCAUUCCCCACUCCCAACUCUGGUCCCAAACCUCCCCACCCCCAUUUCCAGCGGCUGGCUGGUUGAAUAGAAAUGCAUAAAAUUCGAAGUAGCAACACCCACCUUGUGAUCGUCUAGUAGAAAGUUUGCAGUAUUAAACACACACACACACACACACACACACACACACACACUUUUUUUAAAACCACUUUUGGGUUUUUGUUGUAUUUUUUUUAAACAAAGAUGUGAGAAAGAAGGAACGUUUUUCCCGUCCAGAGAAGCCCCAUCUCCACUCCUCCCCCAGCCCCCAUCCUGUUUUUAGCUCAGAACCAUAACAAACAGAGCAGUGAAUUAUACCCAGGAGGACCUGAACUGGGGGCAGCGCACGAUUCCGAUCCCACAGCCUGGGAAAGUCUCCUCACAUCAGCCACUGGCCCUCAGCCUGGAUCCCUGCCCAGGUCAGCCCAGACAAGACAGGGGAGACUGUGGCUGCGACCCAACGGAGGAGCGUGGCCAGUAAGAACAACGAGCAAAUGCGGGAUUGUGGCUUCUGUUUAGAUUUCCUGAUGAGAAAAAAAUAAUUGUUGUAACUGUAAAGGAAAGACUGGACUUUUAGCAUGAGUUUUAAAGAGGGGGGAAUAGUGUUCCCUGAGCCUGGAUCCCUGAAGGGGUGGCGACGGGCUCGGAGGAAGAUGGGGCACUCCACUUGUUAAACACUGGGAGGAGUGUGUGUGGUACUGGGGGGCGGGGGGCGUGGAGGUGUGAUACCUAGCCCUGAAGGGGAGACGGAGAAAUAGGACGUGGUUCGUCACCUUCAGAAACUCACUCAGUGACAGAUGUGCAAACACCACUCUGAUUUGGGACCUUUCUCUUAUUUUUUCCUGCUGUGGACAUUAGCUGUAUUUCAGUCUUUAAAGUGGUCGGAUGGAGCCACGGUCUGGUGCUGGUUUUGUGCUUUUCUUCCAGGAGAGUCUAGAAGCCUUUUUUUUUUUACAUGUAAAUGAGGCCGGCCAAGGAUGGUCACGAUUGUUCGCCUACCCACCUUCCUUUCUUCCUUUCUUCUUCGACUUGUAACUUUGGUCUCUUCACAGCCACAGCCUCUGGGUUUUCUGCUGUCAUCCCAUGGCUUCCUCCCUGGCAAGGUUGGGGAAAAUUUCUCUCUCUCUCUCUCUCUCUCUCUCCCUCUCUCUCUCUUCCCUCUUCCUCCCUCUCUCUCUCUCUCUCUCUCUCUCUCUCUCUCUCUCUCUCUCUCUCUCUCUCUCUCUCUCUCUCUCUGUCUCUCUCUCUCUCUCUCUCUCUCUCCCUCCUCUUCUCUCUUCUUCUUCUUCUCCUCCUCCUCCUUUCUCCCCUCCCCUCCCCACCUCUCCCUUUCUCUUUUUCUCUCUCCUUUAUGGGGUUAUUACCUUUGUGUGCGGAUGUGUAGGUGUGCCUGUGUGCGUGUAUUUGAAAAGCUUUGGACUCAGCUGGUUUUGCUGUAACUACAGUGUUCUGUAGGCCUGUGGUAUCUGACACUGUGCAUUGGUGUGCUCUCUUGGACAUUUUAAUAAAUUUUUUUAACACUUCAA